GGCCAUUCUCCAAGAAAUAGUAACCUACUAUUUUUCAACGCAUUCACAUUUCUAUCUCCUCAUUUCAUGGUGUCUGAAACUUGACAAAACACACAAAAAGAAACAGUCAGAUCUGAAAUAAAGAAACAAACAGGAUGAGCAACAUAAUCCCAUCGGAGAAACGAUCGAUCGUCACCUUCGUUUUACUUGCCGGUCUUAUCGGCAGCGCUCUACUCUUCACAGCCUUCAUACGAUCAGCCGACGACGCUUUCUUCCUCUGCUCCACCGCAAGCGCCAAAAGCCGAGCGGUGGCCGCAGCGGCAGAUUACUCAGCGACACCGAUCCAGCUCCAAGCCAUCGUCCACUACGCGACCUCCACCAUAACCCCACAACAAAACAUCCACGAGAUCUCAAUCUCUUUCAACGUCUUGAAAGAGCUAGCUCCGGCCAACUUCCUCGUCUUCGGUCUGGGCCUCGACUCGCUCAUGUGGGCUUCUCUUAACCCACGUGGCAAAACCAUGUUCCUCGAAGAAGAUCUCGAGUGGUUUCAGAAAGUAACCAAAGACUCUCCUUUCCUCCACGCCCAUCACGUGCGCUACAGAACGCAGCUACAAGAAGCCGACAAGCUUCUGCGUUCUUACAAAACCGAACCUAGCUGUUUCCCUGCGAAGGCGUAUCUCAGAGGAAACGAACGUUGUAAGCUCGCUCUCACGGGGCUUCCGGACGAGUUCUACGACACGGAGUGGGAUCUGAUCAUGCUCGAUGCUCCUAAAGGUUACUUCGCCGAAGCUCCGGGAAGAAUGGCGGCGAUUUACUCGGCGGCGGUUAUGGCUAGGAGCCGGAAGAAACCUGGAGUCACUCACGUGUUCUUGCACGACGUUAACCGGAGGGUUGAGAAGACUUUCGCGGAGGAGUUUCUAUGCGCAAAAUACAGAGUUCAUGCCGCCGGGAGGUUAUGGCAUUUCGCGAUUCCUCCGGUGGCUGCAAACGCUACAAUCGACGGUGGCGAUUACAGGUUUUGUUAAAGAUUGUGACACGUCACACAGCUUUUGUCAUUUCCACUUUUGCCCCUUUUCACUUUUCGGAUCUUAUUACAUAGGGUUCACUUAUUAUCUGAUUUAAUGCCGACAGUUUUGGAUCUCA